UCACUCGUGUAGUAAAAGCGUUCGGAUGACCAGUGUGAUAGUCGCACUGGUCGAUCCAGUUGUUAAAUCGCUUCAUCUGUUCCUCCGAGUUACAUCACUCCAUUGAUUUUUGUUGAAUGUGCUUUAGAUAUCACGGGAGAGUGUAAAAUCGGUUCGAUAUGUGCCGGAAGCAUCGACACUUCCUCAUGGAGACUCAAUCGGUAGAUUCCAUCGUUUGACGAGCAUGGCGGCACUCGUACGUCUCAAACGUGGUAGCGUACAACUCAGACAUGCGGCGCUGGAAAUGCGAGCCGCCGUGCGAGCUCGCCACAUCGUAGCUUCACUGGUCGCCGUUGGUUUCGCUCUUUGCGGAGCUGUCGAAACAAGUUCCUCCGUAGCAUUGCUCGCCAAUCAAGAAGACAAUCAUGCCAUCAUCGAUACUUCGUGGCACUGUGACAUGCUCGUCAACAUCAGUAGCCGAAAUCGAACUGAAGAUUUCGAAAUUAUACUUUUGGAGAGAACUGUUCAUUCGCGGCAGUUGCCUCAAGAAGAGCGAGCCGAAUCGAUAAUGCGAGAGGCAUUUCUGUGGGGUCAAGUGGCCGGACCUAUCCUAGGGGGCUGUCUCGUUUGGGGCAGAUCAGGACCAUCAAUGGUUUUUUCAAGGGCUGUACUGAGCGCGUGUCUCGCCUCGCUUCUCGUCCCUGCAGCUUGGAGAGGUCCAUCUCACGUUGCUCUUCGACUUUUUCAAGGACUAUGCACUGGAGCAACGAUGCCAGCGGCUCAUAUGCUUGCCAUGACGUGGUUCAAAAGCAAUCAUCGAAGCUGGUACUUCAGCUGUUACGCUGCUGUGAGCGUUGGAUACUGCUUAACGGGAUGGAUCGGGACCGCGGUGGUACGAUCUUUCGGUAGGGACUCUCUCUGCUAUGGACUCGUUCUCCUGGCGCUUUGCUGGUACUUUGCCUUCGGAAGAUUCGUUAAGGAUUCACCAAAAUCCUAUCAGCACGAUACUAAUGCCGCUGUGAUACCGUGGGGAAAGUUGCUCAGAUCAGUUCCGGUAUGGGCAUCAGCUGUAGCGACUAUGGGCAAUCAAUGGGGGGAUGCAACUCUCGCUCUUGGUAUGACCAAAUAUCUCAAGCUCAUUUACGGCUUCUCGACAGCGAACGAUUCUGUGCUGACGACGUUGCCUCACAUCGGUCACUUCAUGGCUGCAUUGACUUGUGGUCUCUUGGUCGAUCACGUACGAGAAUCCGGAAUAGUCUCAACGACGACUGCAAGAAAAUUGGUCGUUUACACCGCUCACUUUAUACCGGCUGCUCUUCUCUUCGUGGCUGGUUACGCUGGCUGUCAAGCACUCGGGGCAGCUUGGCUCGGCAUAGCUGCUCUUCUCGUAUCUGGAACGGCACCAGCUGGUGCAUUAGCGGCAAUAGCCGAUCUCGCGCCAGCCGAAUCACCGGCCUGCGCCGCAGCGGCUUGCGCUCUCUGCUCGACACUCGGUGCCGCCGGUUUACUCGCGGCAAACUACUUUGUCACGCAAGCUCUUCACGGCUCGAUUGCUGGCUCGUGGCGUCUCGUAUUCGGAGUCGCUUCGGUCGUGUUGUUGACCACAGCAGCAGUGUUUCUUGCUCUGGGCAAAGGAGUACCACAGCCCUGGAUACCUUCAGUGGCAAGACCACGCAGUCACGACGUUAUUUACGAGCAGGACGCUCUCGAGCUGGAUUACGAGGACGUAGGCGUGCAAACCGAGCCUUUCAAUCCUUAUGUCCUCGACGAGGACGUCGAGAGUAUCAAAGAAAUGCCGAGAUCGUCGUCGAUCCACUCCAAAGUCUCGGCGGGCUCUGAUUGUUGAACCCCGAAAAUGUUUGUCGAAAAAAGAAAACUCAUUUUUUCAUUGAAAACGAAACAAAAUGCAAAUACUUUUCUAUUAUUUUGAGGCAUUAAUAUAGAAAAGACGAGUCUCAGGUCGUGAACAAUCAAAUUUAUUUUAAUCAUCGUAUACUGAAAUAAUAAAAAAUACAAUGUAUUCAAAAGAGAAACAAAUUUUCACCACUUCGUCUUCUCAUUCUUCGUCGAAUUUACGAAUAACGAUUCAGUCUAGAAUUCCUCACUUAGAGCUCCACUUUCGCCGCGAUGAGUAUUUCCUUAUUUAUCCUAUUUACGCAUGAUAUGACCCCCCGUACGGUAUUGCAGGCGCAACGAAGAAAACGAGCACUGAGACACUCUUGUAAUUACUAUCUUUUGUACAACUUUCCACAAGCGUCAGAGAAAAGAGUCUUUGCGUGCCGAACUGAAACACGACACGACGUCGAGAAGGCUCCUAAAUUAAGUGAACAACAAGAAAAAUAAACUGUGCAUUGUGUAUCGAAAAGAAACCCCGGAAGUUGCAUGCAGCUUUACGUCAUACAAUUUAAAAUAAAAAACAAAUUAUAAUGAAUACCCAAAAGUUUGAACUCGACAAAUCGAUGGCCUGGAGAAAUGUUUUGUUUUUAAAUAUCAUAAAAUUCAUUACAAAAAUCAAUUAAAUAAUCCAGCUUCGAUGAUUUAUUCGACACGAAUUGUCCUCGUUGAAUAAAAAGUUAAAAUCUAAUCGCUCGUGUUGAGUAAAA